GUCUAGUCCCCUGCAUUUGCUGUCAAGAACGCGAUCGUAAUAAAAGUGUGUAACGCAUGUCUCUUAAUUACAUUUUUAAAGUAUUUAUCUGAUAAUUCUGUUGUAAAAAUUAAGCACUGUGAGAAGCAUUGCUUGUAUUCAAGCUUUUAUUUGAAAACAUUGAUUUGGGAAACUUUCACUUCCUUGACCUACUUUUUUUUUUUUUUUUAGAAACAGUGACUUGGAAUUCAGACAGUGGAAAUUUUUAGUGGAGUAUUGUUACAAGACAGUUAUUAAAUGAGAUAUUUGAAGUCCAAUAGUUUUGAGUUCUAUGAACCUGAUCAAAUAGAGCACGCAGAUGUUGUGGAGCAUUUGAUUUCUGUUACCAGAGACAGCACAACGAAAGCUGGGGGAGAGGCAUGGAGCUGUGCAUGGUCCUCUGACAAUUCCUAUUUUGCCUGGUCCAGUGGUCAUCGCAAUCUACAUCUCAUACCAUGGGACAGUAACAGAAGGAAACGACAUAACCCUACAGACAAUGAAGGCUUAAAUGGAAGGAAGUAUCAUUUGAUUGAUUGUGGUGAAAACAUUUGGUCCCUAGCAUUUGGUUCUGGUUUCUCACACAAGGGAGCUAAUACCAACUACAGACACUGCAGAUUUGAUCAGAACUUGAUUCUUGCUACUGGCUUAGCCAGCGGGAGAAUAAAAUUAUGGAACUGUCACACUGGCUUGCUUAUGAUUGAACUCUUGGAUCAUCGUGAUACAGUCCGCUGUUUGGAUUUUACCAAAGAUGGCAGCCUCCAGUUGGUAUCUGCCUCACGUGAUGGAUCACUUAAAUUGUGGGACCUGCACAAUGAAGGGAAUAUGUACAGUACCUUCAAGCAACAGCCCACCAUGUUCUAUGGGUGUCGUUUCUCACCAAAUGCACGCUUCAUUGCUGCAGUUGGCAGCUCUAAAACGGUUUACUUGUGGUCCAGUAUUUCCUUCAACUCACUUCCACAUCGACUUGAUGGUCACUGCAAUGAGGUGGCAAGUUGUGAUUUUACUCCUGAUUCUGCUCUCCUUGCCACAGCCUCCUAUGACACCAAGAUUAUUAUCUGGGACACUUACAGACAGAUAAAACUCAGAACUUUGGGACAUUUGUUUCCUAGUCCAAGUUUAAUCUUUGCUGGUGGUGCCAAUAAUCACUAUGUCCGAAGUAUUUCAUUUGGUCAAGAUGGCCUUACACUUGCCUCAGUUUGUGAUGAUGGCUUUGUACGUUUCUGGAAUAUUGUCACACCUGGUGACCCCGUUGCUGUCGCUCCAGUUUAUGAAGCGAUCUCUUGCCAGUUUUCAUCAACACAAUCUGUGCUCUCUGUUGGGUGCAGAAAUGGGGAUGUGAAAUUUCUUAAAACAUCAAACUCAGUGCCCAGCCUUCUUAAUCUGUGCAGGAAAACUGUUCGUAGAGUUCUCUCCACUGGACAAGUCGAUGCUCUACCUGUGCCCAAGAUGCUGAUCAGUUACCUUCAGUAUGAAGACCUGCUGCCUGGUGUAUGGAAAUAACUCCCUUGUUGCUUGCAACUUGCCUGCUGCUUGGCAUUUGCAAUUACCUGCUUAUGGAGUGACUGUUAUGUGGCAUCUGCAAUUAAUUCACUGCUGAGUUAUUUACAUCAGACUGAUCAAUGAAUGACCACUACUUCAUCUUUGUAUCUCCAACGUUAGAGUGCCUAAAGGAUACUACAAAACUGUAGAAUUAAAUGUAAAAAUAAUUUCAGAUUUAUGACAAAUGAAUUCCACAACUGAGUUGGUCUCUACUGGGUUUAAAUUUGUUUCAGAAUCUGUUUGAGAUGCUAAUUUUACACUCCUAAUUUAAAAACUGGCUUAUAGAACAUCUGGCAACAGUUAUCCACACUAUAGUGUACGAGUUAAAUUUAGCAGACUACUUGAGCUGAUACCCUUGCAUUGUACUGGUGAUAUUACUUAUGUGCAUUUAAAAGUGAUGUUUUUUCCCUUGCAUUUUGUGAUCAAGUUCCAAUGUAUGUAGUUUUCCUCUCCUAUAGGUUAAAGAAAUCUAAAAUAAAUCGCAUAUGAGAUUGAAGCAUGAAUGGAGGCUAUGCAAACUGAUUUGUAAUUAAAGUAGACCUGUGGACUAUUGUAAACUUCUUUCCGAAGGAAAUAGAAUACGUUUCAUCUUAAGCAAAGAAGUCAUUUAGUUUGGUUGAAACAGUAUUAAGCAAGUAAACAAUCUGGACUCAGUAUUUUAAUGAAUAUUAUGUAGCACAUAUUUUUUAAAGUGGAAUAUUUCAAUCCUACGUUACGUUAAGGUUAUUGUUUUCAUCUUUACAAAGUUUUUUCCCCCCUCACACUUUAAGAAUAAUCUCAUUAUUUACAUUUUUUUUUCCAUUUAAUGUUAAGCUGUUAGAUCUUUUCAGUGUUUUGUUUGUAGCAAUCUCUUGGAUGAUACUCUAAGUCAAUCAUAAUUCAAAAUGUGAUUAGUCCUUGACAAACUUCAUUGUAAGGGCUUGUAUAAAGCAUUCAAUAUUUAAUUCCUUGUAUUUAAUAUUAAAUAUAUCCCUGGAGUAUCCUAACCUUUCAGUUCAAAUAUACAUACCCCAAUAAUAGCUUUAUAAUAAACAAUUUUCAUUUAAAAUCUUCAUCCUUGGAAUGUUUUUAUGAAUAUUUAACUCUGGUAAAUACAUUUCAUUCUAGCUGUUUGACGACACCCUAUUGCAGUUUCAUCUUACUUUGGACAACACCGACCCUUCCCCCUAGAUCUAGUUCUACUUCAAUACAUCAUUAUAUACUUUCUACUGGCCUAAAACUAAACUCUAAUACAUGUGAUAGACUGAAAGAUAGGAGGCAACUGUACAUAAUUACCACAUAUAAAUUAAUUAAAUGAUAUUUAUCUAGAAAUGAUAUUUGUAAUUAUUAUUCUGAAAAGGAAAUGUAUAACUACCUUUACCAUCCUGUUUCUACUGUAGGAUGAGUCUGUAUAUUUGCUCAAAUAGUUUAUCUUUACAUCUGAACAUGUUACAUUCUAUUGUUUGAUUUUUGUCAUAAAGAAAACUUAAAAAACUUUCACCCAAUGUAUGUGAGAGAACUAUUGUUUGUUUCAUGACACUCAAUGUACUUACUUUUUAUCUUACUUCCACACCAUCAUGAGUUUGUUGCACAGUCAAGUCAUUUCAACUAUACUUUGUUUUAAAACAUUUUACUGAGGGAAAAAAACAACCUUUUUGAAAUUUGUGAAGGAUUUAGGCUAUUCUCUUUAUGAUAAAAUAUGCAACUAAAAAUUUAUUAUUUCCCCCACUAGGUACUCUGAUCACACAUACACCCCCGCCACCCUAAAAAAAAACUAACCAACCUAAACAUUUGUUAAAUGCUAGUGAUGGUGCAGAGUUGUUGAAGUUUAAGCAGAAAUCUUCCUACUGGUCAGUACAAGUUGGAACAGUGCUAAUAUUGAAGUAUUAUGAUCUAGGCACUGUUUGAACAUUGCUAAUAUUGAAGUAUUAUGAUCUAGGCACCAGGUAUCAAAGUUAAAAAAAACCUCCUUAAAAAUGUGUCAUUAAUGUGUAGCAAUAUUUUAGAUGAUUAAAAAAUAGAACUUUUAAAGAGAUACUUUUUUUUUGGAAGGGCUUUUUAAAAAAUAAUUUUUAAUUGCGCAGAGAGAGGGGCAUACCUUCUUAGCAUUAAUUCUUUUGUUACAUUAGGCGCUAAAUUAAUGACUUCAAGUAGAUCCUAUUCUGAGCUCUAGUAGGUAAGGAACACAAUAGUUUGAAUUGUCCAAGGGCUUUCAUCCCAUGUAAUCAUAUACUAUGGCGUACAGUUCACCCAGAGAUAUUUUGAGCACUUAGAUUAAAUAGCUUAGGGAAAGCUGUGCAAUUAUUUUUUUUACUGCUCCACUAUGAAUAUUUUAUUUCUGCUUUUUUUUUGUUUGUUAAUAAUUUACCAUAUUUUGAUUCUGACAAUAUUAAAAAUGUGUUCUUGUAUACAA